CCUUCUGUAGGGACGUUGGCUUCUUCACUAGAAGUAACGUUCCCUGCAGAGGUAAGAGUGGCAGCAACAGCAUUAGUCAGCUGAGCCCAGGAAGUACACGUGUGUCUUGAAACACACCUGCACGGACCUGCUUCAGAUAAGGAUAAGCCAUGUACCAGAACCCGGAACAAAUGCACGACAGCACUGUGAAGGCCCCGGUGGACAAUACUGUGGAGGCUCCGAUGGACAUGAGUCCGGAGGGUCCGGUGGACAUCACUGGAGAGGCUGUGGUGGAAGAGCGCAAUGGCAGUGAACAAGAAUCCUUUAGAGUAGUCCAUUACCAGAAACCACUUUCAACUGCCAUGUUAGAUACUACGAGUCUCCAAAAUCCUGCCUCUGAAAACUCCUCACAGAUAUCAGAUACAAUGCCAGAUGCUUCCUUGGAGGGACCAUUUGGCGUGGGGCCUCUGGUUUUUCCUUCCUUGCAGUGUUUCAACAACAUUAAUUUCUUCCUGUUCACAUUCUGUUUAUUAUCCCUAGCUCAAGGUACUAUAUUUGGUCUUAAUGAUAUCAGUACUGGAAAUUAUGAGAGGGAUCUUUAUCUGUCACAUGCAGAGAAUGUUGUAUUGACCAGCGCUUAUGAUCUUGCAUCUUUAUUGGUAGCAAUAUUUGUGGCUCACUAUGGAUGUAGAGGGAACAGGUCAAAAUGGUUGGCAGCUGCUGCCUUUUUAGUAGGACUUGGAUCAAUUUUACUUGCUGUUCCAUACUUGAAAUAUGAAAUUGUACGUCCCUUGGAAAUUAAUGAAGAGUUGUGCAUAGAUGAAGAACAAAGAACAAUGCCAAAUUGUGAGGAAAACAUAGUACCAUUCAAAUCGGAAAUUAUCAGUUUUUCCAUCAUUGGGCAGUCUCUCCAGGGAAUUGCAGGAAUGCCAAUGUAUAUCCUUGGUGUGACCUACAUUUAUGACAGCAUUCCCACAUACAUGGCUGGCAUCUAUUUAGGUAUCGCAGAUGCUGCCCAAGUACUGGGUUAUGGUCUGGGUUUUGUAGUGGGAUCACCAAAUCUUAGGCCUUCAUUAAAUGACAGUUCUGAGGAAGAGCUAAGUGGCAACUAUCUUCUGUGGCAGUUCAAUUGGUUUGUUGGCUUUCUGAGUGCCACUCUGCUUGCGUGGCUCACAGUUUUCCCAUUUUUAUGUUUUCCACAUAGUUUACCUGGUACACACAAGCUAAAACGGAAAGAAAAUGAAUCUUUCUUAUUAUACAAGAAGCUUAAACAUAUGAAAUAUGGAUAUCAUUUACAGGAUUUGUUUCAUGCACUUUGGUGUCUGUUGAAGAACCCGCUGCUGAUGUGUUACUCAAUGUGCAAAGCCACAGAGUCCUUGGCUUUAAUUGGAGUUUCAGAAUUUUUGCCCAAAUAUUUAGAAAAUCAGUUUUUGUUAUCACCCUCACGUGCCACUCUGCUCACAGGAAUUAUUUUAGUUCCAGGAGGUGCAAUUGGCAAUUUUCUGGGAGGUUUCAUUGUUUCCAAGUUGAAAAUGUCUUGUAGAAGCCAAAUGAAAUUUAUAAUAAUAACAUCUAUUAUAUCACUUCUGCUUUUAAUAUUAAACAUUUCUGUAAAGUGUGAAAGAGUGAAAUUUGCUGGAAUCACUGACAAUUAUGACGGAACAGGCAGUUUCGGAAACCUCACAGCUCCAUGCAAUGCACACUGUGGUUGUUCAAGUUCCAUCUAUUCUUCUGUAUGUGGAAGAGAUGAUAUUGAAUAUUUCUCUCCAUGCUUUGCAGGCUGCCUUACUUCUAAAAAGCUAUACUAUGAAAAGACAUUCUACAAUUGUACUUGUAUUAAGCAUGGAUUGGCAAACGCAGAUUCCGAUGCUGAUCCCAUCGAUGCCAUUCCUGGAACAUGUAACACCAGGUGUUAUGCAUUACCUUUGUUUUUUGCUUUUUUCUUUUCUUCAAUUGCUUUUUCUAGUUCAGCUGCUAUACCAAUCACCUUGAUUAUCCUCCGAACUUUACCUCCCAAUUUACAUUCACUGGGCAUAGCUCUGACCUAUACAACUUUGAGAUUAUUUGGAUCCAUACCUGGACCACUGCUUUUUCGAUUUACAGCAAGUAGUUCUUGUACUUAUUGGGACAUUAAUAAGUGUGGACUCAGAGGACGUUGUUGGAUCUAUAAUAAGUUAAAAAUGAUGUCCAUAUUGAUGGGAUUAUGUAUUUUUUGUAAAUUGACCACAACCUUGCUUACUCUUUUGGCUCUUUUUAAAUAUAAUGUUAUCAAAGUUGGAAGUGAGGACACAAAGAAAAGAAAAGGAGCCAAAACAAGAAUAAAAUAAUUAUUAACUGAUUUCUUCCUUUGGACUGGAGAACCUGUGACUGUCCAGGUUCUAAUGCCAGCAGUCUAUCCUUUGGAGAUUUCAUGAGAUUGUUGCAGCGCUAUAAUUUCAUAAGAGAAAAUUAUCAGAAAAG